UGUGCAGGUGAGGGGUGUCCGACACCUUCACGGAGCUGUGCCACGUCCCCAACGUCCGUGUCCGGAAUCCUUCAUUGAGGACAACGGGAGCUCUGACCCCACUAAACAAGGAAGCCCCUUCCCAUCCCCCACCACCUGCUCCCUGUCCCUAUAAAGGUGAUGCCUCCAGGGGCCUCUUAUACGUGGGAUCACAAAGCAUUUGUCCGUUGGUGUCUGGCUUACGUCACUGACCAUCACGUCUUCCAGCUGCGCCCACGUCACCGCCGAAUCAAGGGUCUCCGGUUCGAGGUGGUUCCUUCCAGGUUCAAAGAGAAGCUUGAUAAAGCGUCCUUCCCCACGCCUUAUGCCUAUGCCAUCGAAACAGCCAAGCAGAAGGCCCUGGAGGUCGCCAGAAGGAUGCACCAGAAGGACCUCCGGGCCCCCGACGUUGUCAUCGGAGCGGAUACCAUUGUGACCAUCGGGGGGCUGAUUCUGGAGAAGCCGGUGGACAAGCAGGACGCAUACAGGAUGCUUUCCAGGUUGAACGGGAAAGAGCACAGCGUCUUCACGGGCGUCGCCAUCGUCCACUGUUGCACCACAGACGCGCAGCUCGACUUGGAGGUGUCCGAGUUCCACGAGGAGACCACGGUGAAGUUCUCUGAGCUGUCGGAGGAGCUCCUGUGGGAAUACAUCGACAGCGGGGAGCCCAUGGACAAGGCCGGCGGCUACGGGAUCCAGGCGCUGGGCGGCAUGCUGGUGGAGCACGUGCGCGGAGACUUCCUCAACGUCGUGGGCUUCCCCCUGAACCACUUCUGCAAGAAGCUGGUGGAGCUGUACUCCCCGCCCCGUCGCGAGGACCUGCGGCGGGUCAAGCACGACUCCAUCCCCCCCGUCGACACCUUCGAGAACCUGAGCGACGUGGAAGGGAGCGGCUCCGACCCCGCUCAGGGCGAUGACGGUGGCGGCCACGGAAGGGCAGAGGCGGGCGGGGACAGGACACGGGCUCCUGCUGGCCCGCAGGGAACAGACUCUCACGGGACAGGGGAGAGCCCGCCCCCCUUCCCAGCGGGCCUUCUGGAACUCAUAGACGGCUUUAAAGCAUCAAAGGCCCUGUUCGUGGCUUGCAAGCUGAAUGUGUUUGACGUACUAAAAGUUGACGGCCCACUGAAGGCCGUGGAUAUCGCAGGCAAAAUCGAUGCCUCUGUGUGUGGAACUGAACGGCUCCUGGAUGUCUGUGUGGCCCUGGGAUUGCUGGAGAAGACAGACAGAGGUUACCGCAACACGGAGCUGGCAGACGUGCACCUGGCGUCGGAUGGCGAGUAUUCCCUGCACGGCUUGGCCAUGCACAGCAACGACCGCUUUUGGAGCCUCUUCACCGACCUGGAGCUCGCCGUGCGGGAGGGAGCCAGCGCGGCUUUUGGGAGGAAGGCGGAAGAGCCCGUUCAGAGCAAGCACAAGACGCUGCAGUUCAUGAGGGCUAUGCACGGCUUCGCCAUGCUGACGGCAUGCCAGGUGGCCACUGCCUUCGACCUGUCCCGGUUCACCUCCGCCUGUGACCUAGGAGGCUGCACAGGUGCCCUGGCCCGAGCGCUCACCCAGGAGUACCCGCGUCUGAAGGUGACUGUGUUUGACCUCCCGGAGGUCAUCGAGCACGUCACGUGUUUUCAGCCUGAAGGACGGCGGACGGACCGGAUCAGCUUCAUGCCAGGUGACUUUUUCAAGGAUGACCUCCCGGAGGCAGACCUGUACAUCCUUUCCAGAAUCCUGCACGAGUGGCCGGACGACAAAGUCUGCGAGUUGCUGAGCCGCGUCUCGAGCCGCUGCAAGCCGGGCGGUGGCAUCUUGGUGGCUGAGAAGGUCCUGGAGGACAAGCCAGCGGCGCGGGACAGCCUGCCGGCGUCCUUGAACCUGCUGGUGCGGACCCAGGGGAGCGAGCGCGGCCUUCCCGAGUACCGGGGGCUGCUGGAGCGCCACGGCUUCCGGGACGUGCGGCUCGCACACGCGGGGGGCAGGCUGGACGUGAUGCUGGGCACCAGAGCCUCGCCACCCUGAGGCCCCCGGCAUGAGACGCUGCUCUCCCAGGAGGCCGACGGGUGGCCCCGUCCCCAGGGUCGGCCACCAGGUACCACCAGGACCGACAGCAUCUCGCCAACCGUGGAACCACACAGAAUAAAGCAGCAAAAUGCA